UUUCGGUAAACAUACAUUUGUACAUUUUAUUUAUUAUACGCCUAUAAUUAUUUUCUAAUUAAAAUCAUAAAUGUUUUUUUUGAGAGCAUCGUUUUCUCUUUAUUUAAUAAAUAAAUAUAAAUUAAUGAACGCCAUAUCCAUGAUUGAAUCGUAGUUUGAUUUUGAAUUACGUACCCCAAAAUGAAUAUGAUGAAGAAAUAAAAUAAAUAUGACAUUACUAAACGAAAUCCAUUUCUGGAGUUCAAAAAGCACAAUUUUAAUAAAAUCAUCAGACUACGGAUCCUUUAAAUAUUGUUCUAAAAAAGACAGGGAUAAAGAUAAUGUUUACCUAGACAGUAAAAGUUUAUACUGUAAACAACGUGGAUAUGUCUGGAGUGCUUCAAAUAAAAAGUCUACCAAAUUAAAAGACAAACUUAAGGAAUAUGAAGAUCUUUUGGCACAAAAUAAAGUUGUAACGUUUGUAUGGGAUAAUGUAGUAAAAUUACUUCUUUCACGUGGCAUUGUAGUCACAAUUACAGUAAAUUCUGUAACAAAUGAUAUAGAAAACAUCAGCUUUGACAGAAGUAUAGUGUCCAAAAUUUAUCCUGAAGUUGUUAAUGCAGGAAUAAUUAAUGAUCAACGUGUUGUAUUUGUGUGCAGUGAUGGUAAAAUUUACUGUCAAGGUGGUUCUUGGAAGGAUGGUUAUGUUAUAGGCAGUACUCCUAAGAGAAAAGUUAGUCUUUGCAAAGAUUAUUUAGUGGUUUGGGGUGGUGCAAACUGUGAAAAUCCUCAACCAUGGAGUCCACUAAUUAAAGAACACCACAAGGGAAAUAUACAUUUUUAUUUAAUUGGUGCAAAAGGACCAGAGCUUUUAGCUUCUAAAAGGACUGAAGGAGAUCCUCAGGAUGUUAUAAUUAGUAAAGCAAACAAUGAGACAUUAAUAGUAAUUGAGCAAAUUGUUUCACAAAAAGGUGCUGUGUCCAUUGAAGUUGGAACUUUUAAACUAGUUGAUCAUAAUCUGAAACGUACCUGUGUAACUUUAGUACCUCUACAGACUCAAAUAAGUUGCUGCGUAUUGAGCCAAGAUGAAAAAUAUGUGUUUUUAGGAUGUAUAGAUUCCUCCAUAGCAAUUCUAAAUCGUAGCAGAGGAACCACAAGAAUUGCAAAAGCCUCCUUUAUCCCAACUUUUGCCAUAUGGCACAUUGCAGGAGUUACAGUGGCAAUCUCUAAUGAAAAGGGUCAGCUACAAUACUAUGAUGUAGCUUUAAACUGUAUCAAGUCCCAACUUAUUGGAGAAGACUGCACUGCAAUUGGAUUAGUUGAUUUGUCGAUUUAUUUUAAAAAUCAAAUGAUUGUGGAGAAUUUAUACAGAGGACCGAAUGGUUUAGUAGUAGUGUUUGAAUAUGGACCUGUUGUUGUUAUAACGCACGUCGAAAGAGCACUGAGUUUGCCUUCGUUAGUUCAGUAUUAUUUGUCUGCAGAGAAAGUGGAUAAAGCUAUUGCUUUAUUAUUGAACGUGGAUUGGAGUGAUGAAGUUUUUUUUAUUUUACAACGUAUCAUAGCUUAUUUAACGAAAUUACCGCUCACUGAAGAAAAUGCCCGUCAUCUACAAAACGCUCUGGGUAGCUUUCAUUGUCCUCCGGUCCUUUUGAGUGCAGAAAUCAAACGCAGAUAUGGAUAUCAGGUCAGAAUUCUCACCAGAAGAUACUUUCAUCAAUUAGUACGUUAUGGAAUGUAUGAGACAGCAUUCCUUUUGGCCGUUGAUAUAGGACACCAUGACUUAUUUAUGGACCUUUAUUACUGUGCUGUUCGAAUUGGUGAACGAGAAAUGGCAGCAGCAGCACGAGCUCAAGCAUCAGCCUUAAUGAGUGAAUAUUCAAGCGAAGGAUCUUGCUGUUCGAGAUCUUCAUGUUCUCAGUGUUCAAAAUCGGGCUCCAUUUGUAGCGAUGAAGAAGCCGAUUCUAUUUCAACAGACACAACUACACAUUUUGAAGAUAAUAAUCCGCCACGAACUGAUGGGCCCCUUAUUACCACAAAUGAUAAUUUUCUCUCUACAAAUUUCAAUAAUGCUAAUCCCCAAACUUAUGCCAAUUCAUUGCGGCAAAAUGUGGACGUCCCCAAACAGGACGUUUUACAAAAGCCGCCCUUUCCUAAAGUACCGCCGCCUAUUCAAAAUCAACGCAUCUUACAAAAUAAUCCUAUUCUUCCAACUCAACAACAUUUUUCGCCUCUUACACGGCCUGUGUCACAACAAGCAUUAAGACCUGCAUCUCCACAGAUAGUGCGACCUGUUCCUCCGCCUUCAGUACCCUCUCCAACCCUUGCUAAUCGUGUUCCGACACUUAGUGGCAUUAACUCCUCUUCUGCAUUUCCUCCCCCUUAUGGAAAUGUUAAUCGGACCAUAACUACACCUCCUUUAAAUCGACUUAACUUUUCCCCCUUUAACUUUAAUUCUGCAAUGAAAAGUUUGCCCCAAAGACCUUACUUCCGUGCUCCGUCUGUUCCAAUUUCUGAUAUACGAAAUUCACCAGUUCCGCGCCACAUAUCCACACCUCCUUUACCUAUCACAAACUUUUCUUUACCCAGUGUCAACACUAAUACUUGUGGUUCUUCAGUAAGUACUACUGCACCACCCUCUGGAUGUUUUCCAGGAGGAAAGAAGCACCAAGCAAAGGUUAAAUUUUCCGACACUGUAACCGCCUUUAUCGUUCCCGAAGUAAAAAGACCAGUGAGGCCGCCUCCUCCUCCUCAUUUAACUAAUCCUCAAAAGGAAUUAGCGGAUAGUUUACCUCUAUGUCAUCCAAACGAAGAUUACUUAAAAGAUUUUACGCCAGUAAGGCGAGGUGAAUCAGAUGACGGUCAACAGAGUAAUUCCCAACCAAAAAUCAAAGUUGUGCACUUUGGAGUUGUUUGAAAACGUGUAUAACUUUUUGACCGUAACAAGGUUUUAUAUAUGUUGACCUGAAUUGCAUGUUGCUCUCAAA